AUGCCGGGCGCACCAGCAUCCUUUACAUUGUCCGAGUACUACAGCAGGCAAGGGCCCUUGUCGCCGUGCUCCCCUGCGCCAACAGAAAGCUACGGCGGACGAGAGGCGCGGUUUUCGCACGAACUUGCUGAGCACGACUACGGCGGACAGGGGUUGUUAUCUCCUGCGCCCACGGAGUAUGUCUUCAACCCACAGGCAUGGUCACCAGCGUCCACGCAAUUCGGAGCUCCAUUGCCGGAGCACGGCGGAGAGGGCUUGACAGGAGGUUUCAGCCCCAAAUUCCCACCGGGAGUGCCAAUCAAACCUGACGAUUUGCUGCGUGAGCACAACGACUGUCCGUUUGGGAUGCCACCUCCGGAUGACAGCACUGCCCACUUCUGCCAGGACAGAAAUGAAGUCAGCGAGAUCUGCUUUGAAGAGUGCUCAGCUCACUGGUGCGGACUCUUCAGCAGCUGCCGCCAUGCAUCAGCACCAGAAAUCUGCACGGAUUGGAUGAUCGGAGCAUACAACUCCGUGCUGAACGCGUUGGAUUUCAUCACCGGCGCAAAGCCUGCCGGCGCGGAGGGCUACUCUGCCAUGCCCUCACAGAGCCAAGCGCAUUAUGUGCCCAACCCGCUGCUGGAACCUCCAUCGACCACAAACACGGCAUUGCCACAGCACCGGACGCUUUGUCCGGCUUCUACAACGGAGAUGCUUCCUCCCUCUGCACCGCUGCCGGCACCGCCGUCAUUGCCGUCCCUGCUGGGCCAUCGGCGUCGUGCCUCCAAGGUCACUGACGUCUUCAAAACACACCUGCCGGGGGAAAUGCCCUGCAGCCCGAUGUCCCGAUGA